UGUGAGUGUGUGACAGGGGGACUCUCAUUUUGGCUCGCUGGAUUUGCCAUUAAACAUCUGGAGCUUUUAGCUGCUUCGCUACAGUUUUGGAAGAUUGUUCUUCUCCCUCUGUGCACACGCACAUUGCCACCAUCACAUCUUGCUGACAGACGUGUGACCCUCCACCUCCACAACCACCUCACACCCCUUAACCCUCUCCCUACUGUGAAACCAUGGCACUGUCCUCACGCUUAAAACUCUGGGAGCAGAAGAUAAAGGAGGAAAACAAGCCAAUUGUCACAACGGUACCACCUCCGCCUCUGUCAGUUCUGCCAGGCGGUUUCCUCAAGCAGCUGGUCAGAGAUUCAGAGAAAGAGACCAAACAUAAAGAGCCAGAGGUCAAAGAAGAAAGGCCACCAAACAAACUGAGUGACAACCUGGUGCAACAGUUUCUCCUCCCAGAUCAGACUCCUCCAAUCCUCGAGGCAGAAAUGUCCCUGCGGGCAGAGCAAUUCAGCAACAACAGCAACAACAGCAAACCUCAAGGACGCAACUCAGCACAGCCAGAUGGCAGGUCCUCAUCUCAGUGCCACAUAGUGACUCCUGACUCUGGGGGUAAACCUGAAACCAGACCAGAAGUAACACCAGAGCCCCCAAAGCAGAAGCUGCAACAGUGGGACAAAAGGCCUGAAAAGAAGAGCAAAAAUAUGGAGGAGCAUACAAAGAAGGAGAGGAUAGAGGAAUUUGGGCAAGGAAAGGAGAAAGAGAAGGGGAUGGAGGAGAGGCAGGAGCCAGAGGGAAUGCAAGCAGAGACAACUGUGACAGAGAAUGCCAGGAAGGAGGUUAGGGAUGUAUGGUAUGAAGCUGGAACUGUGUGGUACGUCAACAAGGAUGAUUUCAUCCGUGCUACUCAGCUGAAGCCAGAUGAAGGCACACCAGAGCUCCCCGAGGGCCGGGUGAGGGUCCAGCUUGAGACGGACGGCUCAGUGCAUGAUGUCUCCGAGUAUGAAGUUGAGAAGUGUAAUCCACCAGAGCUAGACCUGUGUGAGGAUCUGGGUGACCUGCAGAGCGUGAAUGAAUGUGGAGUUCUGCACACACUGACCAGUCGAGCUAAAGCAAAUCUUCCACUGACACAUGCAGGACCAAACCUGGUCAACUUCUGGCCCCCGUUACAGACCCACAGCAAGACCCCAAAGUCACGGCGAGGGGAGUCUGUGUGGGAUGCUCCUCCUGCCCUGGCUGCCCUGGUCAAACGGGUCUACAUGUCCAUGGUUGGCACCAGAAGGGAUCACAGUGUGUGUGCAUUGGGACGCAGCGGGACGGGCAAGACCACGGCAUGUCAGGCCUUCACACAUGCUCUUAUCAAACAAGCUGGCACAGCAGGAGACAACAUGAGUGUGGAGCGUGUUCAGGCUAUGUUCACUAUCCUGAGGUCUUUCGGCUGUGUGAGCUCUAAGCACAGUGACGCGUCGUCUCGAUUUGCUAUGGUUUUCUCAUUGGACUUUAACCAUGCUGGACAAGCCGCUGCUGGACACCUACAGACCUUGAUGUUGGACAAAUGGAAAGUGUGCCAGAAAAUUCAGGGAGAAAGUAACUUCCUGGUCUUCUCUCAGAUGCUGGCAGGACUCAGCACAGAGAUGAGGAUUGAACUGCAGCUACACCAGCUCUCUGAAUUCAACUCCUUUGGUAUUGUUCAUCCCACCAAGGUGGAGGAGAAACAGCGUGCAUCCAUUGCUUUCACAAAGCUGCUGAGUGCCAUGGAAACACUGGGCUUCUCACCCGGCGAGCAGAAGGCGAUAUGGCAUGUUCUGGCUGGUAUUUACCAUCUGGGAGCUGCUGGGGCCUGUAAAGUGGGCAGGAGGCAGUUUAUGAACUUUGACAGUGCUCAGAUGGCAAGCAGUGUGCUUGGAUGUGAAGGUGAUGAUCUGCACACAGCAGUAUUCAAACAUCACCUUCGACAGCUUCUGCAGAGGGCCACCGGGGGCAGCAGAGAGAGGAGCGGCGCUGCAGAAUCGGAGGAAGGUCCAAGGCUAACAGCUGCUCAGUGCCUCGAUGGAAUGGCUGCUGGACUUUAUGAAGAGCUCUUCACUGCCAUCGUGUCACUCAUCAACAGGGCGCUGAGCAGUCAGCAGCUGAUGCUAGCCUCUGUGAUGGUGGUGGACACGCCAGGCCUGAGGAACCCACGACACUCAGCAGAGGAGAGAGGAGCCAGCUGGUCCGAGUUCUGCCACAACUACCUACAAGAGAGGCUGCUGGAGCAUUACCAUUCACAUACGUUCACACACACACUCGAAAGAUACGCUCAGGAGAAGGUCCACGUGGAGUUUGAAUGUCCAGAGACCAGCCCGGCCGAGGUGGUCUCUGCCAUUGACCAGCCACCUCCACAGGUCCGUGCAGCAGAUGAAGACCCCAGAGGUCUUUUAUGGGUUCUGGAUGAGGAGAUGGUGACGCCAGCCUCUUGUGAAAACAGGGCCGUGGAAAGAGUGUGCCACUAUUACAGCAACAUGGUGCGACAGUGUGAGCAGCUGCUGCAGUGUGAGGUGAAGCACCUGAUGGGGUCUGAUCCUGUCCGAUACGAUCUGGCUGGAUGGUUCAGCCUUAUCCAGAACAACCCAUCUGCUCUGAACACCAUCUGUCUGCUCCAAAACUCCACUGUAGGGGUCGUGAAAGCCAUGUUCACCCCCAGAAUUUCUCUGCCCCCUCUGUGUCGCGCUCUGGGGGGACUAGAGGGUGGCAGCCAGCGCUCUUUGCAGAGGAAUGGCACCAUCAGGAAGACAUUCAGUGGGGGAAUGGCAGCGAUACGCAGACACUCCCAGUGUAUUGCAGUAAAACUCCAGGCAGAUGCUCUUAUCAAUCUGAUCCGUCGAGCCAGGCCGGUGUUUCUGCAGUGUGUCAGUGCAAAGACUGACAAUGGAAGUUUUGACAUCCCAGCCCUCAGGGUGCAACUGCACUCCACACAGAUCCUGUCAGCUCUGCAGCUAUACCGCAUAGGUUAUUCAGAGCACAUGACUCUGGGGGAUUUCAGGUGUCAUUUCCAGGCUCUUGCUCCUUCAGUUAUGAAACGUUACGCUUCAGUGUUUGUCAGCCACGAUGAGAGAAAGGCAGUGGAAGAGCUACUGGUUGAAUUGGAUGUGGAAAAAAAGAGCAUCCUCGUGGGUGCCAGCCGGGUGUUUAUGAAGCGAGGUGUGUUGUGCUAUCUGGAGCAGCAGAGGGAGAAGCAGGUCACUGGUUGGCUGGUCCACCUACAGGCUGCCUGUUUGGGACAUCUUGCCCGUCAGAAAUAUCGCAAACUCAAGGUGCAGCAGAUGGCGGUCAGCUGUCUGCAGAGGAACCUGCGGGCUCUCAGGGUCGUGUCCAAGUGGAGAUGGUGGAAACUUUUCUGCAGACUGCGUCCUCUCCUUGAUGUCAACAUGGACAAUGAGAGGCUCAGGGCCAAAGAGGAUGAAAUAUCAGUUCUGAGACGACGCCUAGAAAAAUCAGAGAAGGAGAGAAAUGAGCUGAGGCAGACUGCAGACAACCUGGAAACCAAGGUUACAGCUGUGACAUCUGAACUGAGUGAUGAGCGUUUCCGCGGUGAUGCCGUGGGCCAGGCUCUGGAUGUGGAGAGGGCAGAGAGACUUCGACUCAGCAGGGAGAACAAAGACCUGCAGGCUCGCCUAGAUCAGUGUAAAGUGACCAUGGAAACCCUGGAGAAGCAGCUGGAGGAGGAGAAGCAGAAAGCUCAGGCUACUGAGAGUCAGAGAGGAGCAGUGGCAGAAACUGAACUGGUCAUGCAGCUCGAGUGCUGCCAGACAGAGAUGGAAUUUGUUUGCAGACGACUGAAACAGACAGAGGAAAAACUUGAGACAGAAAGACAAACUCGACAAGAGCUCGAUGCCAAGGUGGCGACAUUGCAGGCCCAGCUGGAGCAGUCCAGGAGGAGUGUGACAGAGCUGAAACGUCACUGUCGUCAUUUGACCUCUGACCUUCAGGAUGCCCGGGUCCUUACUGACAGUCUGCAGAGCCGCAUGCAUGAACUGGACCGCAAGCAGAGGAGGUUUGAUAACAAGCUGACUCAGGCUCUGGAGGAAGCUGAGUGUGAGAGAGAGCAGAAGGACAAAGCCUUUCAGGAAAACACAGCGCUGGGAGCUGAAAUAUACAAAUUGCGCUGCAGCCUACAGGAAAGCCAGGCAGAGGUUAGCCGUCUGCAGAAGCAGAAGGAGGACCUGUGUGCUCAGAUCCGUGACCUCAGCCUACCUGUUGACCUUGCCUCAGAGUCACUGCCUGCCCUCAAGAAGCAGCUUCGCCUCCUGGAGAGCCAGGUCAAUGAGAAAGCAGAGGAAAUCACCAAGCUCACUGCCAAAAUACAGCAGCAGCAACAGAUCCACAUGCGGUUUGAGAUAGAGAUGGAAAGGAUGAAGCAGAUCCAUCAAAAGGAGUUGGAAGAUAAAGACGAGGAGUUAGAGGAUGUCCACAAGUCCUCUCAGAGACGACUGAGGCAGUUGGAAAUGCAACUGGAGCAGGAGUAUGAGGAGAAACAGAUGGUGAUUCAUGAGAAGCACGACUUGGAAGGACUCAUUGCAACUCUGUGUGACCAGGUGGGACACAGAGACUUUGAUGUAGAGAAGAAGCUAAGGAGAGAUCUGAAGAGAACUCAUGCCCUCCUGGCUGAUGCCCAGCUUCUUCUUGCUACUAUGGAAAGCUCAGGGCAGAACCUACCCAACGGCAGUAAAGACCAGAUAGAGCAUCUGCACUUCCAGCUUGAGGAGAGCGAAGCAAGGCGACUUGAGGCUGAGAGCAUUCAGGCGACUCUCUCCCAGGAGCUGGACAACAAUCAAGCUGAGCUAGAAAACAUCUGCAAGCAGAAGAGUGUGGUGGAUGAAAACUUAGCUCUGCUGCAGCAGGAGAAGGUGGACCUGUUGAAGAGGCUCGAAGAGGAUCAGGAAGACCUAAAUGAACUUAUGAAGAAACACAAAGCACUCAUUGCGCAGUCCUCCAGUGAUAUUGCCCAGAUCAGAGAACUGCAAGCUGAACUAGAGGAGGUGAAGAAACAGAAACAGUCUCUCCAAGAAGAGCUCCAGCAGUGUGUGUCGAGGGUGCAGUUCCUGGAAUCGUCCACUGUGGGGCGCAGCAUUGUCAGUAAACAAGAGGCACGUGUACGUGACCUGGAAAAUAAAUUAGAGUUUCAGAGAGGGCAAGUGAAGAGGUUUGAGGUGCUGGUGCUGCGGUUGAGGGACAGCGUGGUUCGUCUGGGAGAGGAGCUGGAGCAGAGCGCACAGGCUGAGGCUCGGGAGAGAGAGAAUGCCCGUUACUACCAGCAGCGUGUGCAGGACAUGAGACUGGAGAUGGAGGAGCUGAGCCAGGCAGAGCAGGAGAGCAGCCGCAGACGCAUGGAGCUGGAAAUGAAGGUUGAAGAGCUCAGCACUGUCAGACAGGCAUUACAGGCGGACCUGGAGACGUCCAUCCGGCGCAUCGUUGAUCUUCAGGCUGCCCUAGAGGAAGUAGAAUCGAGUGAUGACAGCGACACUGAAAGUGUUCACACUGCUGUGGAGUCCUUUACUCGAAAGAAAGACCUUGACUCUGUGUCCAGUGUCGGCUCUGUUGGGGAAGAAGGCAUUCACACAUGGUCAGGAGUGUCUAGAGGAGGCUCCCGCAGUGGAAGCUCACUUCACAGCAGCCAGGGGGGGCGUCAGUCUGUUGCUGACACCAUCAGCACCUACAGCUUGCGUUCUUGUGUGAAUCCUGAUGAUGAGGGCUCUGAGGCUGGAGGCGUUGCUAGCAGAUCUCUUGGUCGAGCCCCAUCCUCCACAGCCCUGUCUGAAUUGCUGGAAGGACUUCGUAAACGCAGAGCUGGUGGUGAUGCAGGAGAUGAAACUGGCAGUACCGUCUCUUUGGCAAUUUAUCAAACAACCGGAGCAUCAACUCUCAGACGGAGAGCCUCGGCCCUCUCUCUCAGUCCAGAAGAUGUCCAGGAACCCAGACCUGGUCCCAGCAUCCUGAAACCAUCCUCCCCACUCCUGCCACAUUCUACCAAAACUCCCUCUGCAGCUGGAGGCAAAGUCUCUCGCUUUAACUCAUCUGAUUCUCUCUCAUCGCUUCCCUCAUUGCCGCACCUCUCCUCACUUGCUGCUCGUCAUCAUGCUCCCUCCGUCUCCAUCCCAGAGGAAGAGAAGUCGCUGCACUCUGUCACAACUCCCAUCCAGCGCUCCCCUCUGGCACCACGGCAGUGCAUGGUGGGGAGCCUCAUUCCAGAGGACGUAGGUGAAGGCUCCCUAGGUUCAGAACCCAUGGUCUUCCAAAAUCGGCGUCUGCCUGGGGACCGUGACGACGCGGCCUCAGACGUCUUGCCCGCAAUCAGGAGAGCUCAGUCAACCAGCAGCCUGGCCAGCUCAAUCAGAGGAGGUAGGAGAGCACUAAGCGUCCACUUUGGAGAGCUGCCUCCCUCGAGCCACAGCAGGAAAAGCUCUGAAUCUGAGUCCUCUAGCUCAGGUGGAUCAGGACGAAGCUCCCAGGGUGGUGGCCCGAGACGCAGGUUUGAGAGGCCGCAGGGUGAGAGAUUGGAAGCAGAGGGUAGCGAGGGGGGAGACGUGGCUUUAGUCAUGAAGAAAUACCUGAAAAAGGAGACUGACUGAAGCAGAUGUGCGGCAGUCUCAGCAGAGAUCUUCAGAGAUGGCGAUUGUUCCUCCCACCGCAACACAGAAGCUUUUUCACUCUUCAUAUGGAAAUUCACAAGUCACCAAAAAUACAUUUGUUCAAUUUUUGAUCACUGUCUGUAUUUAAAAUAAGCAGUUUAUAUAUGAAUAAAGAAAAUGAAAUGAA